AUGGCGUCCAAGGCUCUCUUCCUGCUCGCCCUCCUCGCGUCCGCCGCCGUGCUCGCGACCGCCGCAGAGCAAACCCAUGACAACAAGGAGACCAACAACGCCGGCGUGAACGACCACGGCGAAGGCGGCGGCCAUGGCAGCGGCGGAGGCGGAUACUGCAGGCACGGCUGCUGCCGCCGCGGAUACCACGGAGGCUGCCAGCAGUGCUGCAGGACCCCCGACGAGGUCCCGGAGGUGAAGAACUAG